GACUCGGCCAUUUUGCAUUAAUAUUGCAGCCACACGUAGGCGAGCCGAAGAUUUAUACAAUUUUCAGCAGCCCCAGGUCUCAAAACGCUCCAGACCUGCUAUCAAAAUCAACUUGAAGUGCCGCCGCAAGUAAGUAAAGCGAUCGGAAAUGGCCCGCUAUACGCAACGUCCGGAAAACGCCCUAAAAAGGGCUAAUGAGUUCAUUGAAGUGGGAAAGCCGCUUAGGGCGCUGGACACGCUGCAGGAAGUUUUCCGGAACAAGCGAUGGAACUAUGCCUACUCGGAGACGGUCAUCGAACCGCUCAUGUUCAAGUACCUGUACCUCUGCGUGGAACUCAAGAAGUCGCACAUCGCCAAGGAGGGACUAUUCCAGUACCGGAACAUGUUCCAGCUGGUGAACGUGAACUCUCUGGAAAAUGUAAUCCGCGGCUACCUGAAAAUGGCCGAAGAGCACACAGAGGCUGCCCAAGCCCAGUCCUCGGCGGCCGUUGCUGUUCUGGAGCUGGAUGACCUGGACAACAUUGCCACGCCAGAGAGCAUCCUAAUGAGCGCAGUGUGUGGCGAGGACGCACAGGACCGCUCCGACCGCACUAUUCUGCUCCCGUGGGUCAAGUUCCUGUGGGAGUCCUACUGCCAGUGUCUAGAGCUGCUGCGCGUAAACACGCAUUGCGAGGCGCUGUACCACGAUAUCGCUCGCAUGGCCUUCCAGUUCUGCCUUAAGUACAACCGCAAGAGCGAGUUUCGCCGCUUGUGCGACAAGCUGCGCAAACACUUGGAGGACAUUUGCAAGAGCAGCAACCAGACCACCGGUGUCUCGAUCAACAAGGUGGAAACGCAGCAGCUCUGCUUGGACACCAGGUUGUACCUUCUUGACUCGGCCAUCCAGAUGGAGCUGUGGCAAGAGGCCUACAAGGCAAUCGAGGAUAUCCAUGGCCUGAUGGCUCUGUCCAAGAAGACACCCGUGCCCAAAACCAUGGCCAACUACUACCAAAAAUUAGCCAUGGUCUUUAGCAAGGCCGGCAACCAGUUGUUCCACGCUGCAGCGCUGCUGAAGCUCUUCCAGCUGACGCGCGAGCUGAAGAAGAACCUGACGAAGGACGACUUGCAGCGUAUGGCUGCCCACGUUCUCCUGGCCACUCUUUCUAUUCCGUUGCCUUCGGCCCAUCCAGAGUUCGACAGGUUUAUUGAGGCGGACAAGAGCCCCCUGGAGAAGGCGCAGAAGUUGGCCGUGCUUUUGGGCCUGCCCCAGCCACCUACUCGCGUCUCCCUUAUUCGUGAAGUGGUGCGCUUGAAUGUUCCUCAACUCGUAUCUGAGGACUUUCGCAAUCUAUACAACUGGUUGGAGGUGGAUUUCAACCCACUGAAUCUGUGCAAGCGCAUUCAGUCUAUCGUGGACUUCAUUGAGAACGGGCCCGAAAACGCUCUGCUCACUCCUUACAUUCAAUCGCUGAAGGACGUGACUAUAAUGCGUCUGAUUCGUCAGAUCUCUCAGGUUUAUGAGAGUAUUAAGUUCCAGCGUCUCUUGCAGCUGGCCAGUUUUUGCAACAUUUUUGAAUUGGAAAAACUGCUGGUCGAGUCCGUGCGUCACAAUGACAUGCAGAUUCGUAUUGACCACCAGAAGAACAGUAUCUAUUUCGGCACUGAUCUGACCGAGAGUCAACGCGAGUACCGCCCCGACGGACCCGCUUUGCAAUCGAUGCCCUCGGAACAGAUCCGCUCUCAGUUGGUUAAUAUGUCUACUGUUCUGACACGGGCAGUUUCAAUCGUCUACCCGAACCGUGAACGUGACCAGCGGGCCAAGCUCCGCAACCAGAUGGUAAACCAUUACCAUGAGAUCAAGGAUCGCGAGCACCAGCGUAUUCUUCAGCGACAGAAGAUCAUCGAGGACAGAAAGGAGUACAUCGAGAAGCAGAAUAAUGCUCGUGAAGAGGAAGAGGCGCGGCGUCAGGAGGAGGAAUCGCGGAAGGCCAAACUGGCCGAACAGAAGCGCCUCGAGCAGGAGCAAGAAGAAAGAGAGCGCAAGCGCCAUCAGAACGAAAUCCAAGCCAUCCGGGAGAAGAGUCUCAAGGAGAAGGUUCAGCAAAUCUCGCAGACGGCUCAUGGUAAGAAGAUGCUUUCCAAGCUGGAUGAGGAAGGCAUUAAGAAGUUGGACGCCGAGCAGAUCGCCAAGCGGGAAAGCGAGGAACUUCAGCGCGAGGCCAAGGAACUGCAGUCGAAACUCAAAUCGCAAGAGAAGAAAAUCGACUACUUCGAACGCGCCAAGCGCCUGGAGGAGAUACCGCUUUUCGAAAAAUACUUGGCCGAAAAGCAGGUUAAGGACAAGGAGUUCUGGGAAGCAACCGAGAAGACACGCAUCGAGAAUGCCAUUGCCGAACGGAAGGAUGCCGUCGCCCAGCAGGAGCGUCUCAAGCGCAUGUAUCCGGACCGGGAUGAAUUCCUUGAGGCCCUUAAAAAAGAACGUGCCUCCCUCUACGUCGAAAAGCUCAAAAAGUUUGAGGCUGCUCUGGAGGCAGAGCGCAAAAAGCGCUUAGCCGACCGCAUUAUUCGACGCCGCGAGGAGCGCCGACAGGCCUUCCUUCGCGAGAAAGAGGAGGAGCGUCUUCGCAAGGAGGAAGAGAUUCGCUUGGCACAGGCUGCCGAAGAGCGCGCCGCAGCAGAAGCCCGCCGUUUGGAGCGUGAGGCUGAGGACGAAAAGCGUCGUGCCCAAUACGAAAAGCAGCGUGCCAAGGAGGAGGAAGCUGAGCGUAAAAUCAAGGAAGAUCGAGACCGCCUGUCCAGGGAGUUGGCCUCGGAGCGCGAACGCACUGAAAAGGACCGUGACACAUGGCGUCCUCGAGGCGGUGACCGUCCAAGCGCAUCUAACGGCGGAUCCAGCGAGUGGCGUCGUGCUGCACCUGCGGCCAGUGAACGCAACGACCGUGGUGGCGAGCGUAUCGAGCGCGGAGGAGAACGGAUCGAGCGCGGUGGAGAACGCCUCGAGCGUGGUGGAGAGCGCAUUGAACGAGGCGGUGACCGUGACCGCAAGGACAACGAGGGAGCGGACUCCUCUUGGCGUGUGCGACGAGAGCCAGAUUCACAGCGUGCAGCUGCUCCCAAAGACAGUGGCGCUCCGCAAUCGCGCGAUGACAAGUGGCGGCGUGGCGGAGAACGUGACCGCGAUUUCCGCAUUGAUGGGGCUCGUCGCGACAGGGAUGAUGGGCCUCGGCGUGACCGUGACGAUGGUCCUCGCCGGGAUCGUGACGAUGAGCGCGGUGGAUUCCGCCGCGCCGACGGGGCGCGUCGUACCGACGAGCCUCAGCGGGAAACUGGAGGGAACUGGCGCGACGCUCCACGCCACGCUGAUCGGGAAACCCGUCGCCCAGCUGAGAGGCGCGACCGAGAUGUGCGCGAGACUCGUGGCGAUCAACGCGGCUCUGCUCCUAAGGAGGCAGCCAGUGGCGGAGUAGGCGGAAACUGGCGUACUGCUCCUGCGACCCGUGAGGAAAAACCAGCAGCUAAGCGCGAUCAAGCCCAGGAAAAGGAGAACAAAGCUGGCGAUGAUGGCGAGUGGACCAGCGUUAAGCGUCGUUAAUUUUUAUUUUCAUCAUCGUAUAUACCCAGCAUAAUAUUCUUAAUAAGUUUUUAUUUCAUCCGACUUGUACUUUAUUGGUGUAGAGCUCAGUCGGCCGGUAUAUUAUAUCUAUCUAUCCAAAGCUUGUGCCAGAUAGUUAAAAUUGAGAUGGUUGUAGGACCGAUACUAAUUAAAGUACUUUCGAAUAAAAUAACUAUGUUCUAAAAAAUUGAAAAGUGAAAUUGUCGAAUGAGAACCUUGGGAAUCAAAGAAAUGAAAAGUGGUUAUUAUUGGUUUAAUUCAAAAAUUCUAAUUCUUAUUUAUCAGAUUUCAGGAUGAACC